CGCCCGCUUUGCCUUCAAACCUCCAGAAGCGGGUGCAGUUCCAGCAAGACGUAGACGCUGGAGGACAAAAGUUCAGUUAUUUUGUAAAUUAGUGAAGGAAACAUUUUAGAUGAAACUGCAUGCGCCCUGAAAGACUUAAACUAGUAGUGUUUUGCGAUACAAUCAAAAGUAAGUUAUUAAAUGAAUGUACUUCCGUUAACAAACUACUGCUCGGGUUUCCACGUUAACGUUAGCAUUCCAUGAUGGUUUUCCCGGUUGCUUCCGCGUAUUGCGUUGUGUAGCUGUGACAAGCAACAGGUCGAAAGGCAGCUAAGUAAAAAUGAGUUUAUUCGAGAUAAGUGAAAACGUUAAGCUUGCACGGGAGUAUGCCUUGUUGGGAAAUUACAGCUCUGCUGCUGUGUGUUAUCAAGGAGUCCUCGAGCAAAUCAAGAAGUACCUUUUCUCUGUUCGGGAUACAGCAUUGCAGCAAAAAUGGCAACAGGUUUGGCAAGAAAUCAACGAAGAAAGCAAACAUGUGCGUGACAUCAUGAAUACUUUAGAGAGCUUUCAACUGGACACUGCCCCCCCGAAGCCCACUAACGCUAAUCAAGAUAAUGAUAUCUGGCCAGUCCAGGUGGAGAGAAGGUCCUCCCCCUGUCCUGUGAGGAGGGCGCCAGCACCGUACAAGGACAACAAGCAGCACAACAAGCGCCUGAGUGCGGGCCCCCGGGCGCAGCACCACCAGCUACCGAGGGGGGCCAAUGGCGACCGGCCCAAGGCAGCCAAAGGGAAGGAGAAGAAGGACAACGCCAAGGUCAAAGACAAAGACGACAAGAACAAAUCGGACGUCUCUGAAACAGAGGUGAAGAAGUUUGACAGGGGAGGUGAAGACAAAGAUCUGGUGGACACUCUGGAAAGAGACAUAAUAUCUCAAAACCCCAAUGUUAAAUGGGAUGAUAUUGCAGACUUGGAGGAAGCUAAGAAGCUUUUAAAAGAAGCUGUUGUCCUGCCCAUGUGGAUGCCUGAAUUUUUCAAAGGAAUCAGGAGGCCAUGGAAGGGAGUGCUGAUGGUUGGGCCUCCAGGGACAGGCAAAACACUGCUGGCCAAAGCAGUGGCCACUGAAUGCAGAACCACCUUUUUCAACGUCUCCUCGUCCACCCUCACCUCCAAGUACAGAGGGGAAUCAGAGAAACUGGUGCGCCUGCUGUUUGAGAUGGCUCGGUUCUAUGCCCCCACCACUAUAUUUAUAGAUGAGAUUGACUCGAUAUGCAGCCGUAGAGGAACGUCGGAAGAGCAUGAAGCCAGCCGGAGGGUGAAGGCCGAACUCCUGGUCCAGAUGGAUGGUGUUGGUGGUACUAUGGAAUAUGACCCUUCCAAAAUGGUGAUGGUGCUGGCUGCAACUAACUUCCCGUGGGACAUUGAUGAAGCUCUUCGUCGCCGCUUGGAGAAGAGGAUCUACAUCCCUUUGCCCUCAGCCAAGGGAAGAGUAGACCUGCUAAAGAUCAAUCUGAAGGAGCUGGAGCUUGCUAAUGACGUGGACAUGAGUAAGAUCGCCGAGCAGAUGGAGGGCUACUCCGGAGCAGAUAUCACUAAUGUGUGCAGGGAUGCGUCACUGAUGGCCAUGAGGCGCCGGAUCGAGGGCCUGACGCCCGAGGAGAUCAGGAACAUCUCCCGCGACGAGAUGCACAUGCCCACUACCAUGGAGGACUUCGAGGCGGCGCUCAGGAAGGUCUCCAAGUCUGUUUCGGUGUCCGACCUGGAGAAGUACGAGAAGUGGAUUGCAGAGUUCGGGUCCUGCUAGUGGAAUAGAAAGGGAGGCUCCUUUGUUGUGAAAACUGAUCAGCCGCAAGUUAAAGGGGUUAGAGUGAACAUGUCUCUAAGGGUUAUGGGAUUUACUCUACUCCCAACAUACUACGUGAAGUUGAAAAUACAGACUGGCAAGUCCCGUUCCAUUGACACUAAAGGUGAUGCUAUUUCUUUCAUGGACUCAUGGGCACUCAUUGCCAGCAUUGAAGAGUCUGUAUUCUGAUUUUGCUCUCCAGUAGUUUUUCAAUUAUUGUUUUUGGCCAGAUGUUUUGUGCAGCUGAUCACCGAGUGAAAACACUAUUCGCAGCACUGCCAUGUCAAUGUUGAAUACGUGGACACAUUGCACUUCGACCCAAUCAUGUGAUAAGCUAUAUGAAGUGAUGUUGAGACUUGAGGGACGAUAAGACAAAAAUGUCCUUACCUUGACCAAUGAGACCUCUUCUUUGGACAAUUGGGAGCUAUGCACAUUCCAUUAUUAUUCAUUGGUUGAUUUUGUCCGACACUGACCACAGAGCUAAGAGUCGUUAUCUCUAACGUAGGAGCUCUUAACCAGCAAGGAUGUUCUGCCAAAGCACUUGACAGCCAGCGGUCCACGACCUUUGGUUUUUAUGCAGUGAUAUCGGGCUCAGUCAGUGCUUCAACUGCCUGAUGAUGGGUCUUCACUGUUGUGUGCACUAGAUAUUUUAAGCACCAUUUGUCUUAUAUCAUAUAACGGAGCAUUAUUGUGAAGAUGUGGACAAUCGUGGUAAACUAAGUAAAACUGAAUUUGAAUAAAUUUAAACUUUGUAGAAGGAAACACA